UGUACUGGUAUGCACAGAGUAUUGGAUUAAACAGAUUUCAUCCAAGCUGUUGUCACUGGAUGAGACUUUGAUAUCAUGUUUUACACAGAACAGUCUGGAUUGCACAGAGCCCUCUGUAUAUGUGCAAUGAUACCUCUCCAAACCAGACACUCACAAGACCAGGUAAAAAAGUUAAGUUUAGAGGGUAUCUGGUUUAAAGAGGUUCUGUUCUGUACUGAUAUUUGAAAAAAAGGUCUGUGAAAAGUGUCUGGUUUUGAGGGAAUUCCAGUUAACAUAGGGUCCAGUUUGGUGACAUUUCACUGUACUUGUUUUUAGAUUGUAUUUCAGAUAACCAGUACUUUUGUUUUAGUUUUGUUUUUUGUAAUGUGUUUCUUUAUUUUAAUUUUUUUUUUUUCAGGAUCUCCUGUCAUGACAGCUGCAUAUAUAAUGAGCUGCUACAGGUUUCCUCUUCACUUGCAUUCCAGGUUAAACUUUAUUUCAUCAUUCUCCAUCUGAUAACUGCGGAACAGAAUAGUUGAGUAGUAUCUCAUGUGUUGGCGUGUAUUCUCAACGUGUUUUGAAUCCUAAUUAUCAACUGAUGGAGACAUGCAGAAUAAUAUUUCAUAUGAAUUCCAGUAGAAAUAAAAAAAAAGUAAAUUUAUAACAACUCGUCACAAUGGCAAAACCUCAUUCUCCAGUGAAAAAGACCAAGAAUGGUGUACUGAAUGGAAAACAUGAACAGACUGUUGAAAGGACGUGGAGAGAUGAUUUCCACGAGUCGUUUGAAGAGACGCCUCUGAUCGCGGCCAUGUACACGUACCUCAGCUACAUCAUGCUGGCUAUAUUUGGUCACAUCCGAGAUGUCUGUUACUACUAUGGACUGAGACAUGCCGGACAGGGAACCGAGCCAGAGAUAAAGGGAUUUGUUCCUUUGUACUCAUCUUGGGAGAAUUUCUUCCUCCGUCACAUGUAUCGCUUGAUCCGAGAUUCCUGGGACAGACCAGUCGGAAGUGUUGCUGGGGCGAAAAUAGAUAUUUUAGAAAGGGUAUCUCAUGAUCACUGCUGGCAUUUUGAGUUAACGGGCAAACGUUUACAUGUAUUGAACUUUGGUUCCUACAACUAUUUGGGUUUUGGAGAAAAUAAAGGACCCUGUGUUGAGAAAGUAGAAGAAAUCACGAAACAGUGUGGACUUGGAAUAGCAGCAUCACGUCAAGACUAUGGUUACAUGGAAAUUCAUAAAGAACUGGAUGAAUUAGUAGCAGAUUUUUUAGGUUUAGAGGCAGCAAUUACAUUUCCAAUGGGUUUUGCAACAAACUCCAUGAACCUUCCAUGUUUGGUCAGAAAGGGUUGUCUUAUCCUGAGUGAUGAUAUGAACCAUGCAUCCAUUGUUCUCGGAGCAAAACUAUCAGGAGCUGUUGUUAAGAUUUUCAAGCAUAAUGAUGCUAAAGACUUAGAACACAAGCUAAAAGAAAGUAUUAUACAUGGGCAGCCCAAGUCAAUGAGACCAUGGAAAAAAAUACUGAUUGUUGUAGAGGGUAUUCACAGCAUGGAAGGUUCAAUAUUACCACUACCUGAUAUUAUUAAACUGAAGAAAAAGUACAAAGCAUACAUUUACCUUGAUGAGGCACACAGCAUUGGUGCCUUGGGGCCCCACGGCAGAGGUGUGACUGAUUACUUUGGAAUUGAUCCUAAAGAAAUCGAUGUCAUGAUGGGAACAUUUACCAAGAGCUUUGCUUCAGCUGGAGGGUAUAUUGCUGGAUCAAAGAAAUUAAUAAACUACCUCCGUGUGUAUUCACACAGUUCUGUAUAUUCCUGUGUGAUGUCACCACCAAUAGCUCAACAAAUCAUUGCCUCUAUGAAAAUAAUAAUGGGGCUAGAUGGUACCGGUGAAGGACAACGCCGAAUUAAUCAACUUCUGAUCAAUGCAAGAUAUUUUAGAAGAGGACUUCAUAAGAUUGGGGUCAUUGUGUAUGGAAACAGAGACUCUCCCGUAGUGCCACUGCUUAUUUAUAACCCAAGCAAAAUCUCGCUAUUUAGUCGUGAAACACUGAAGAGAGGGUUGGCAACCGUUGUUGUUGGUUUUCCUGCAACAGCUUUAAUCGAAGGUCGAGCCAGAUUCUGUGUAUCUGCCGCCCACACAAAAGAAAUGAUGGAUGAGGCAUUGAGACUGAUUGCUGAAGUAGCGGAUAUCGUUCGUAUACGAUUCUCCAGGUUACCCCUCUCACACUUUUGUAUCGAUGAUGUUCCUUUCCCUAAAGAGUCAUCAUGAACUGUAGAUAUAUUGUUGUCCCCAUGACUGAAGACUGAAGCCGUACAUUGGCUUUUUUAUAUGCAGACAAUACGUUCAGUUCUGUGAUCGUCAAAUGCCAAUGAAUCUCUGGAUUUAUGUCAGACAUUUGUUUUAUUACAGACAGAAGUUUCAUUGCUCAACUUACAUGCAUUUCAAGUGUUUGACAGUUUAACCCAAUGUGUGAGCUUACAAAAUUGUGAUGUCAUUCUUAGAAUUAUUCUGUCCCUGACCCAGCCACUUGUUAGAAGCUGUGUCGAGGACAAACGUUCCUGAACAUUACUCUGAUAUUGACAUGUAUAGAGUGUGUCCAUGUCUAGAAUCAUUAUUAGGUUCCUCACCAUGGUACCUCAGUAGCCAUAUCAUAUGUGUUGACCACAAAUGGUUUCUAGCCAUUUUAUUUGCAGCUAUGUGCAUAAUUAUCAUCGAUAUAUAAAUCAUUUAAUAAAGAUUAUUAUCACAUUCCUGACUGAAAAUAUUGUAGCAAAAUGUUAGCAGUGUAUUUAUUUAUUUAUUACCAUACUUCUAUUACACUGUACCAUUACCAUAUCCAUCCAGUUAUUUUGUACAGGGUUGAAAAUUUUACGAAUUCCAUUAGUUUUCAUUAUGGUUUUCUUUUUACACUUUCUGUUCAGUUAUUGUAUGUGACGUCUGUUUGCAUAUCCUUCUAGGUACUUGUUUUGUGCUUGGUUCAAGCAUUUGAUCAUGCAUUGAGUUUCAUUAUGUUUUUCUCAUUAUAACUAAAAAGGAUUCCAUAUUACAAUAGUCACUGUUAUAUUACUAUUUGUUGUUUUAUACUGAGCUCAGAAUUAUUUGUUUUAUCAAUUCUUGUGAUUUUUAUUAUUUGAUUAGUUUUUUUUAGAUUUUGUGUUGCUUUAUUAUAAUAGCUUUAGCAUGUUUGGUUAAUUCUUUCGAUUUUUAUCAUGAUUCAGUCAUUUUCAGGUCUAUCACCAUUAUCCAAUGAAAGCUAUGUGAUAUACAAAAACUGAAAAAUCUAUAUUUGUAUUUGUGCCUUUUUCUAGAAGCAUGUUGCAAAAUCACCGAGUAUUAAUUUUGAUAUAUUAUGUGUGUGAAGUGUAUUUAAAACUCGUACAAUGUAUUCAUGGUGUUAUCUGCUUGAUUCAUUAAAAUUUCUUUCAUUCUAAAAGAUGUAAUUAAUUUUUAUAAAGUUAAACUAAUAAGUCAGUCUGCAAUCAUUUUUAGGCCCUAUUUAUUUAUUAUUAUUAAAAACUUUUUAAUAUAAUUUGUAAUUCAAAUGAUUUUUUGUUGCCAUUGAAUUAAUAUCCAUACUGGUAUAUUGUUAACUCAGGAACAAAAAUAUAAAAUGAAAUGGUAACAUGGAUCACUCAGGUGUAUGUGUCAAGGAGUUUUAGUAGUUGGCACCCUACUCAAAACAAUUUUUGUUUUAAAAUAUAUUUUCCUGGCGAGUAUAACCUGAACCCCCCACCCCCUAAAACUGCACUCAUCAUAGUCUAGACACUUGCUGCAUAAUUUCUAGCACAUGCACCUGUUAAUUGUUAAAGUAUUUGUUAAUGACUAUAUAAUUUUUAAAAUAAAAUCACAGUUUUAAUUAAAGGGACUUGCAUACAAUGAAUAUAACAGACGUAGUACUCUGAAACGAGUUAAAUUAUGAGUUCAUUUACAACCAGAUGGCAUUCUACUUUCAUUCAUUUCAUUUCAACUUAUUUUCGUACUUAUGUCCAAUUAAGGUUCAAGCAUGCUGUCCUGGGCACACACCUCAUCUAUCUGGGCUGUCUGUCCAGGACAGUGAGUGAGUUGUUAGUUGGUUAGUAGUUAGUGAGAGAGAAGAGGGUGUAGUGGCCUUACACCUAUCCACUGAGCCCUUAAUAACUUGCUCUGGGUUUGAGCCAGUAUCGAGCUGCGAACCUUGUACCUACCAGCCUAUAGUUCAAUGGCUUAACUAUGACACCACCCAGAGCAAGUUUAUUGACUCUGUGGGUAAGCCACUACACUGACUUCUCUCUCAUUAACCACUAACCCACUGUCCUGAACUAGCAGCAUGCUUCAACCUUAAUUUGAUAGAAGCAAGAAAAUAACUACAAAUGAAACGAAAUGCUGAUAGCUAGUCACUGGUGUUUACUAUCAACAGUCUUCAUUAAUGACAGGGAAUUCUCACUACGACUGUUCUGACCAAAAUCAAUAUUGGACCAGCACCUGAGUGACAACUCAUAAUAUUUGAUAUUAGUGUGUUGAUAUUUCAUAUUAGUAAUUGUUACUAUGAAUGUGAUCAAAACCAGUUGGGCAAGAAUGUUGAUUUCAUCUGAGUGACAACUCGUAAUAUUUGAUAUUAGUGUGUUGAAAUUGAUGAUGUCAUAUUAGUAAUUGUUACUAUGGAUGUGAUCAAAAUCAUUAUUGGGUUAACACACUGAUGCCAUUUGAGUGACGACUCAUAAUAUUUGAUAUUAGUAUGUUAAAAUUGAUAUUUCAUAUUUAGUAAUUGUUAUUAUGGAUGUGAAACAUGCUAUGCAUUUCUAUUUCAUUUUAAUCUAAUUAUGUUCUGUGAUACUGACAAUAUCAUAUUUUGAAGAAGUCUUGUUAGUAGUGCUUUACACUGAAUUUAUUUUAGAAUGCUUAUACUGACAAUUAAAACUUAUGGAUGAGUGCCUUUGAUGAAAUCACAAUUUAGAACCUAUUUUUGUGUACCAUUUCCUUAAAAUUUAUUAAUUUUUGUACAUUUCCUUAAUGUGUGUAAACUUCAUUAUGUGACACUAAGUCAACACAAGAAUUAUUUUAUCAUAUAUUUAGUCACAUUUCCCACCUGCUGUUUGUUAUUACUACACAGUGUUUUUGUUCAAAAGUCAAUUUAUUCAUUGUUCACAUGUUGUCAGACAUUUGUAUAUUCAUACAUUGGCACAUAUUCAUCCAUUUUAUACAAGGCACAUCUAUGCAAGUGAAUAACAGUACUUCAGUAACAUUAUUCACAAAUACAAUAGAUGAAAUCAAUAUUAAUUGAAUUUAUAGUUUAACUUUGAAUGUUGUGAAAGGGUCAUUUCCAGGCCGAAAUCCAUCAACUGUCUUGUUUUACAUUCCAGUUUGUCUACACAUUCUUCUCAAGUGUGAACUAUAUAUUAAGUAUCAACCAUUUUUCUUACAUUCCAAUUUAUCUAAUUGUCAUAUAAAAGUACCAAACAUCUUUUCACAUUCCAGUUUAGUAUUUGUUCUAUUUAAGUAUUAAACACAUUUUUUUACAUUCCAUUUUCUUUAAUUGUACAUGCAAUAAGUAUAGCAACCAAUUGUUUUUACAUAGAUAUAUUUAUAUUUCAAAUGUUAACUAAUAUUUUCAUAUUGCAAUUUAUUAGCUGGUUGGUAGCAGGUAUGUUAAUGCUGUUUUGAUUAUCAAAGAUCCCUAUUUUUACACAGUUAAUCUAAAUAUCUAAGUGAUGCAAACCAUGCUUUAGAGAACUGAAAUAAUCCCACUACUUAUGUGGACACAAAUAAUUUAAGUCCAGCAUUAUCACAUUCAUAUGAAUAAAAUAAAUUCAACUGAUACUUAGUAGCAAAUGAUUGAAGUCCAAAUUAUGACUAAAUGACUUGAAGGAACCUUACUUCUAGACAGAGUAUUCCAAUGAUCAUUACUGCUAAGCAGAUUAAUAAUUAUUGUAAAUCAUAAAAUAUUAGCGAUCUUAAAAUUUAGCGAAAUCCAGAUAAGUGACAUAUUAGCAACAAAAGUCAUAAUAUCAGAAACUGAAAAAAGAAUAAACUAAGUUGUAGGAUCAGCUGAAAUAGUGUUUUUGAAGAAUCUUGACAUUAAGCAGCAUACAGACAACUUAAAUGUAGCACAAGUAGAAAAUUGCAGUAAAAUUCUAACUAACUAUUGUUGUUUGCUAUCCUUGUGGUUUAAUCAGUAGCAUGUAACCAUUUUGUGAGUUCAUUUAAUCACAGACAAAACAAUCACACAGAUGUUUUUCAGAACAGUCUGUUGUAUCUCUCUUUAAAUUUAACGUCAUAAAAUAUUAGCAUCUUGUUUGAGCUUGCUAAAUUCUCUAACAUUUUAUGCUCGCUAACAUUUCCUGAUUUACAGUAUUUAGCUUACUCAGAUUGUUUUCAGAAAAUCUGUAGCCUAAUUUAACUUACAGUUAACCGAUUGUAAUAUAAUAAAAUUAAUGCUGUUUGAAAAAUUAUAUUUAUUUGAUUCUGAAGUGAGCUUUUUGGUGAUUUAAUAAAUAUGUUCACCAAAUUUGACAUUAAUUUGCAUUUUGUGAAUGCCAGCUUAAACCCAGAUUAUAAUAUAUCAAAUAUGGAAAGGCUUGAAUAAACCAUUUGCAAAUGAUUUAGUAUUGUUGAGCAGUUUUUAAAGAUUGUUGCAUUUUAUUUGUUGAUAAUAUGCAUAUCUAUGAGUAUAUAUAAAACAUAACGUACUCUAUAUUAUUACCUGUAUAUAAUAUUAAAAAUGUUUAUACAAAAUAUGAAAUUAUACCAGUGUGGCAAUUGUAAAUGUAUAUAAUUUGCAUGUAAAAUAUAAUUUUCAAUAUUUACAAAUCAAACACAUAUUUACCUAUUUUUCUAGUUAGUUUCUCUUUUAAUAUUAUUUUUAUAGAUCAACUAUUACAUAUUUGUUUGUGAUGAUUGUGAUCUUUGAAGGUUUUUGAAGUGAUUGUUUCUUUGUUUCUUGUUUUCUUUUCCUCUUCACCUGUCCUCACCUGUCCUCAAGGGUUUAUUUUGAGGGCAGGUGAAGUAUCUAAAAGAGAGAAAAAACCUCAAAUUUUCUCCAGUUUUACCUGUAUUAGAUAACUUGUCUUAAUAUAAAUUAUGGUUUGGUUCACAUUUUGGAAAUUUUAAAAUAUUCUAUGAACGUAACAUAAUCAAAUUGUUGUAAAUGGAUAAAUGAAAACACAUACAGUAAAGUACUCUUAUAACGAACUGCAAGGGACCAGGAACAUCGGUUCGUUAUAGCAGUAGUUCGUUGUAAACAUUUACAGAAGUGAGCCGUUUUCAUUCAGGUAGUCGGCCAUUUUGGAUUUUUCAAAUUUAAACACCAUAAACACCAGAAUUAGUGGGGUUUUUGGGUUUUUUUUUAAUAUUUCAUUUAUUAUCACCAAUAGAAGCAAAUAUGCAAAUAAAUACAGCAUGUUGAAUCAAAUGAGUGUUCAGUCAGUCAUGUUUUGAAACAGAGUUGCUUAUUUUUGUCUGCUUAGUGAGUGUUGGUCUCAUAGCCUGCAGGGCUGUAGCGAUGUCGGAAAUUGAAUGAAACGGGUAUAGUUACAUCAACUUUACUUUGGAAAAACAGUGCUAUUGUGUCUGUCAUGAUUGCACAUGUACCGAAUACUGUUCAACAUUUGAUAACAUUUGUGUUACCUACCUUCAAAACAAAAUAUCCGGUUAUUUAACGCUAAUUACAAUGACUGUAUAGUGAGUUUCACGUGUCAGUCAUAUUGUUGGAUACCGGCACUUAAACAAGCACACAAUAGUAGUGAAAUAAGAACUCACUGCUUUAAGACUUAUCAGUGCAGUCGUUUUGGAUGCAUUGUCGCUAAUGCUACUGAUUAAUAAGAUGCAAGUGAGUUGUAUGUGUCAGUCUUCUUGUGGGAUACCGGCAAAAUGUCAAUGUAGCGAUGUAGACUUAAAUAAGCAAACAAUAGCAGGGAAGUGAGAUCAUACCAUUAAUUGUUCAAUACUCCCUUAAUUGAUGCCAAUCGACUACGUAAAUCCACACGGACGUUUUCUGACUGAUCUUAUCAGUAUAGUAAUUUUUGAUGCAUUGCUGUUAAUGCUACUGAUUGAUAAGAUACAAAUAAGAUACAAAACAGUUAUGAUCAGUUUGCUGUAUAUGCACUAAUUUACACUGAAAUUCACAAUUUUGACCAAAAAUUGGUUCGUUUAACAGUUAAUUCUCUAUACAUAGUUCAUUCUAUACAUUAAAAUUUAUUACUAAUAUAUAGGGGGGGAAAUCAGGACUUUACAAUCAGUUCGUUCUAACCUGUAGUUUGUUAUAAGCAUGUUCAUUCUAAAAGUACUUUACUGUAUGUGUUUGUCGUAUAGUUGUACAAAAUGUCCAAAACGGUUAAAGCAGGGUGUAGAGGAUGCAGUGUUGGGUGAGUAUCCAUUCCAGACCAAAGUUGAGUGUCAACCAUCUUUUUACAUUUAGGAAAGUUACAUACAGUCAUAUGUCUAUGGAUAUUGUAAGAUGAAGUUAGUAUUCUUCCAGAUCAUCAAAUAUAGUCAGAUGAACUUGCAUUAAAGCAACCAACCUUCUUAUUGAUACUCUUUUGUGACUGUUAAACUACAGGUUUUAAACUAGUGUAUUUGCUUCCCUAAUAAAAGGAAAUGAAGCCAACUAUGUCCUAUUCACGCAUUUAAGAAUCCCAUUUAGUACUUGACUUUUAGUUAAACUAUGACCUAAUUGUUUUGAUUCAACAUGGUUACUGUCUAUCAAUUUUCUUGUUGGUUGAUAUUUAGAGUAUUGUUAUUUGUUAUUUUUAUAAUGUUUGGUAUUUCUUGAUGUCAAGAAAUACAUUUCAUAUUCAAUUUUUUUUUCUCUCUAACAAUGAUUUAAGAUUCACUAAGAAGUUAUUUAAAAUGCAUGUACUAUACCAGCAUCUCAUAGGCAGUCAUAGAUAAUGCUGUCUAAAGUGACUGAAUUGGAUUUCCCAUCUGUUCUUGCUUAAAAUUCAAAUACUCAACCUCUGCAAUUAGAAAAAUGCCCACGGCAAAAAACAUACCAUUGAUAAACACCCUGAAUAUAGUCUAGUUAAAAAAGUGCCAUGGAGAAUUAAAAACACCAUGGCAAUCUCUACAGCAUUGCCAAUUGUCGUGGGCAGUUGCUGGGGUUAAUUACUGAUCCAUUCGGUAAUCAAUCUGGAUUACAUACUGGUUUUUUUUUUUUUUUUUUUACAUAUGAUCAUUUGAUGCAAUAUACAGGAAUAUAAAUCCAUUUUCAUUCUCAGUUCAUUCUGAGAUCUUUUUGAAACAGUAAAGCCAUGUAUUUAAAAUGCACCAAUCAGAAGCCACCUUUUAUUAUUUAUUUAUUAUUAUUAUUAUUACUUAAAGAAGUGUACACAAAUAGUCACCUAUACAAUCUUUCUGUACCGGUAUAUUAAUUAAUUUGCAUAUCAAUUUAAUUAAGUAAAUGUUUGACAUGUUAUUACAGUAUAAAUAUGCCACUUAGCGUUUAUUCAUGGCCAGCUCUGGCACUCACCAAAUUCACCAAUUGCGAAUUUAAAAAAUAGUUGGUGAAUUUUAUUUAAUUUUUGCAAAAUAAUUUCAUGUAAUAAUUUAUAUUUUGUUACAAAAUAACUGGGUUUCUGCAGUUUUUUCAAGUUUAAUAAAUGAUUUGGCAAAAUGUUUUGCUGAUCCAGAUCUAGCCCUGGCUUAUUGCAUCCAGAUGUCUUUAUAGCACAGCCUCUGUUUUAAAUAAUGGCUGAUUAUUUAAUGUGUUUGAAAUAUAAUCUGUAAGCAUAGAAAGUUUAAAUUAAUAAUGAUUGUAUAUAAGUGAGAAAUAAUAUGUAUUCCUCACCAACGUACCCACUUCGUGGAAAUGAACUCAACCACGUGACCUAGAUUUACAACAUUAACCGGUAUGACAAAACACGACAAAUAAAAAUUAAAACUUGUUGUUGCUAGUAAUCAAACAUAUAGUAUCAACAAUGCAACAUGUCUUGAACAGUAUUUCAUUUUAUUUAAUCACAUUUUUUAACUUUACGAUAAGCAGCUGGCAGUACACUACUGAAUAGUAGACUGGCCUCGCGGACAUGCAGAUAGUGCUUAUUCACACCACGAGGCUGAUUGAAAGAGUGUUUGGUUCUAAAAAUCAAGAUGGAAAAAAUCUUUCGAAAAUUCUUUUUUUUUCUUCUUUUUUUUUCACAGUUGGCAUCUUUGGAGAAUGACAGUGUGAGCCCUGUGGUAUUUGCAUUAGUGUACCAUCGGGGUACAAAUCACAUUAAUCUGUUGAGUAGGUAACAAAAGAAAAGUGUCACACACUUGUGAUGGAAACAUUUAGGCUCAGGCUGGCCAUGGAUCUAUGUUUACCUUUUGAUUCUGCCAGUAUGUUUCACACUUUAUUUCUACUGGAAUUUAAAUAUCCCUUACUUAUUUUUGAACACUAUAUUUACUCUCCGUAAAAUUUCUGAAGUACGGAAGUAACUUCUGUUUCGUCCAUUUCUGUCAAUCAUGGCUGUUUUGAAAAGACUUAAUGAAAAUGGAUAGCUGUGUAAUGCAUUUUAUGAUUGUAGGUAAAUCUUUGAAAGUAAAAAUGAUUAGGCUUACCAAAUGGAUCUGUACCAUAAUUUGAAGAAUUUGGCAAAAAAUCAGACCAACAUACGAGAAAUGUCAUUUCUAUUAUUGAUAUACCUUGAAAAGAUAUAUAUGCAACGAUAGAAGUAUUCAAUCUAAGAUAUUUUGUCACAUGAUUGUUUUUCAUUAAUUAGUUUUUUUAUUGUGAUAGGUAAUGCACUGAACAAAUUUAAUUACAAUAAAACGUCUCAAAACCGGAUCUUCAAUAAAUCAGAAUUUCUUCAAAACCAGACAUUUUUCAUGGUCUCUUUUUUAAAUAUCGGUAAAAAAAAAGACCUCUCUAUACCAGAUACCCCUUAAAACCAGACAUUUUUCAUGGUCUCUUUUUUAAAUAUCGGUAAAAAAAAAAGACCUCUCUAUACCAGAUACCCCUUAAAACCAGACAUUUUUCAUGGUCUCUUUUUUAAAUAUCAGUAAAACAUGGAACCUCUCUAUAUUAGAUACCCCUUAAAACCAGACUUUUUAUUUGGUCUCGUUUGUGUCCAGGUUACAUUUAUUUCGUUGUACAUUAGUACCUGUGUAUAGUUUUGUAGUGCUUUGAAUAGAUCAAUUAAUGUGAUCAUCUGAAGUUGAUUUUGAAAUUAAUUUUAGUCUUGCUGUUAAAAGGGUUUCUGUUUUUGUUACCAUUAGUACCAUGUAUUAUAAAGAUGUUAAAGACAUGGUUAGCAAUCAUAGAUAUAAAUACAUUAGACACGGUUUUACUUGCAGGUGGUGUAAUUAAAUAUUUGUGAUGUUAGGUUUUUGGGUGGGGGUUUUAUAUUUGCUUUGGAGUACUCUUUUUCUUUCUUUCAUUUUUACCAUUUCAAACAAUAGUACGUUUGUUAAAAGUAUAUCUGAGUUAAUGUAUGUUUAAGAAAACAUAUCAACCAUUAAUCUUGUGAUAUUGUUUAACCAUAGUGAUACAUUUUAUCAUUUGUUAAACACACUGAAAUACAUAAGGUAGUUAUUUAUACAUCUAAAUCUAUAAUAAAUAUUUAGCAUCCAUAUUUAAAAUGCUUACCAUUUUUGGUUUUCAUACACUGUCCUGUUCCCAUUAUAGUAUACAAUGCCAUAUAAGCAUUCUGUUUAAUUUUAUCUGUUUUUGUUCCACAAUAUCCCAUAAAUAUCAUGGUAAUGGCCCAUAUUUUGACCAUUUGGAUCUGGUCUCCCCCACAUCUUAUACAUACAUAUAAAAUAGGCACAUUUUUACAUACACAAUGUAAAAAUUAUACAAUAUAUUUAUGGAUUUGUAUAUUGUAGCAUUCAUUUAAACCACUGUUACACUUUUGUUUACAUUCUGAAAACAAGAUAUCUAGAUAUAAUCAUUGUCUUUUCUUUUAUUAAGUCUUUAUUUAUUUCCUAAAAAUGUUCUGGUGCAUCUUCUAAAAUCAAACAGAAUAAUUUAUCAAAUUCACCAAAAAUGUAACUUGACUUAUUCAUUUACUCAAAAUGUUGUGAUACAUCAUAUCAAAUCAAAUAGAAUAGUUUCAGUGUAUUCAUAUUAAUAUAUUCAUUACCACAAAUACAAAUCAAGUUAGUUUUCAAUUAAUAUUUAAUUUAUUAUUGCCCAUUAUAUUGUAAAAUAUGUUAAACUUUGUGGAUUCUAUUCCAUCCAUUGUUACAUGACCGAUGUAUCAAAGACUAAGGUAUGUGUUGUCCUGUCUGUGGGAAAGUGCAUAUUAGAAAGUAGUGUGUGUGGUGGCAGGUUUUGUCUAUCAAACUAACCCAUGCAUUAUAACUACAACAUGAGAACCUAAUAACUGCUGAUAGACCGUGUUUAUUAGUGUCAGUGGUGGAUUUGUAUUGUCCUGUGAUGUUUCAUUUUAAAUCAUCAUGUGCUACAGGUUUUUAUAUGCAACUUUCAUAAAACAAUUAUUAUUAUUUUUAUGGUAGUUAUAACUUAUGGAUAUAAAUACAACAUUGUUUAAUCUUUUUCUCUCUCUUGCUUUAAUGGUAUGUUUUUAUAGUCAUGUGAAUUGUGUGUCAGUGCUAACUAUAAUCAAAAUGCAUAUAAUAUUUGUUUCUAUCCUAUGACUUAUAAUCAAAUUUAUAUUAUAAAAAAAAAGCUGGGGCAGUAAAUAGCAUGAAACACUCCAAUAUCAUUUUUUUUUUUUUUUUUUUUUUUUUUUUUUUUUAAAUUAUUAUUUACCUUUCCCUGUUACAAAAAUGCCUAACCUCUAUCCAGGGAGGAAACAGAGGACAGGUGGUCAACAGGACUCAGGAAGUUAUAUCAGCAAAACAGUAUAUUAUAGAAUGGUGAAUACAUUUUUUUUUCAAUAUCAGUUAUUAUUAAAUUUAAAUCCCUUGUUAAAUAAAUUUUGUUAAAGCUUGUGCCAAGCCAAAAUUACUUCAGUCAGGACAUACCUUUUAUAGUAACUGGUGACUUAGUUUAUUUACUAUUUACUAUCCAUACUAAUACUGGUACAUGUACUGUGCUAGCAGACCAGAAGUUGGCCAUAAUUAUGAUUUUUAUUAGUAUGCCCCUAUUGUUUGAAUAAAUUAUUAAGAAAUUGUGACUUAACAAUUAAAUAUAUUAAUAUCCUGAUAUUUUCUUCUGAAUAAAUACUUCAACACUCUAUGCUCAGUUGGUCACUGAAUAAAUAAAUGUGCUUUGUAAAAAAAACAAUUAUUACCAUAGAUUGUCACACAUUGUGUAGAAUCCUAGCUAUAGAGUUUGCCAGUAUUAUAUCGAUUACCACCUACUAGUUUAAUUAAUCUGUUAUGUUAAAGCCUGGUUUUAAAACUUAACAGAAUAUGGCUUUACCUAUUGAAAGCUUUGUAGUUUUAAGUCUGGUAUGGAGAAUGAUCGACCUAUCUAUCAUCUGUACCAUGUUAAAGUUAUUUUCACCUUGAUACGAUUCAACUGGACAGUCACAUCAUGUCAUGAGGCAUGACCCAUACACACUAUAUGUCAACCGUUAUGUAAAAAUCAGUUGUAGAUGGCUGGUUUUUCAAUACACACUACGCAACGUGACUUAACUCGACAGUUGAGUUGCAUCACGUCGUAUAAUGUGAUUUUGGCUUUAAAUGGGAUAAUUUUAUGAUGAUGAUAAUAUCAAAGUAACAUGCAAUUACCCAAAUAUUAAGCCAGAAAUGUAAUAGAACAUAGGAUUAAAAAUUCACAUUUAUGAUAUGGAUUUUUUAUUUUUUAUUUUUUUUUAUUUACAAGACACUUUUGUUUAAUGUUGAAAAAGAUAUGUAGGUUUUUUAAUUACCAACCAAGAUUAAGUAAUUGUAUGUUUGUAUUAAGAUUUGCAAAAUUGUCUGUUUGGUAAUGCUUAAACCAAAAUACUGCUUGAAAUUAGAAUACCUUUUGUGCAAUAUAUGCUUACAUAAUAUGUUUGACUGCAUAGCUUCUGAGUGACAAUUUGUACCAUCCUAUUUAUAUUUGUGACUUAAAUUAUAAACCAUUUAUAAUAUUAAAUAUGAAAAAGAAAUGUUUAAGCAAAAUAAUAAUUACUUUACUCAAUCAACUUUGAAUGUUGUAGAUAUUUUACAUACCUGAUUCCUGUGGAAUCAUACAAAAAAAGUUUGAAAUGAAGUAGUGUUGAAAUUGAUUUAAAAUAAAUAAACUCAGUUUUUACAAAUGUAUCUGAUAGUGGUGUUUCUUUUAUCGGUUCGUGUGUCAGUAUAUUGAAGUUAUUGUUAAUCUUGUAAGAAUAAUACUCUUAAGGAUCAUGUAGAUUGGAUGAGGUGGGGUCUGGCUAAAAAAUACAUUAGUUUCAACGAGGACGUCUAGACUGGAUGUGUGUGUCUGCAAAAUGCAUGAGACUAGCUGCACUGAAUUAAUUGUAUAUGGGGUAUAUCCUCAAAAUGCAAGCCGCAGAGGCAUCGGACGCAACAGUCGGAUCGCAUGCAUAUACCACAUCCAUUCUUUAUGAGCCUUUAUGUUUAAAAAAGGACAGUGUAUUGUCUUGCAAUAUGUGUUUUGUUUCACAUCUAUUUUUAAGAAUCUGUUAUACUAUUUGAAAUAUUUACCAUGAAUUAGUAUACAGUAUUCUGAUGAUUAAAACAAUUAUUAAAUCUUAAUUAUGACAUUCAAAAUAUAAUUAUUUAAAUAGAAAUUUUAAACUUAUAUCUGCACGUACUAUGAAAACUUAAUUUUGGGUGCUGAUAGUAAACUAAGAUAAGUGGAUUGAUAAUUUUGUAAAUAGUUUGAAAUGCACUGAGCAUAAAAUAUUUGUGGAAAGUUCCAAGUGAUAAAUAAUAAGGUAUACCACAUUUGCAUAUUUUAUUGUUAUUGUUUGACUUUACUAUUUUAUAUUUUAAUUAAUCACAUCAAUAAAAUCGUGAAUAGUG